AUGAAGUGCACUUUUGAACAUAAUAAAGGCUUGAAGGAUGUUUUAGCUAUCCUCAAUCAUAUUGAUGCGUAAAUACUGACUUUAAUUAUUGAAAUUUUAUUAAAAGAAAAAUUUUCAGAUUCAAUAGGAUUUCUUUAAAAAUAUUAAAAUCAAAAGGUUUAUGAAUAAAGCAUUUUAAAAGUUGAAAAUAUAUAAAGUUUUGAUAAGUAGUGGAAGUUAGACGCUGUGAAAGAGAACAUUAAGAAAUUUACUAAUGUUCUCAUAUCAAUAAAAAAUAAUGACUUUAAUUAGAAUGACUAUUCAACUAAAAACUACUCAGAAACUAAGCAACUACUAAUUUAGGAAAUUAUAGAGAAUAAGAAGAUUAUUUAAUUUUUGAAAUUUUUAGUACACCUUACAGCUAUUGAUGACUUAUUCAUAUAAUCUGGAUCAAAUUCACUUCAUUUAUUAGUAGAAAUGAAGAUCAAUCUAAAGAAUUAAUUUUUUGAAGGCAUUAAGAUAAGAAACACUUCGUUGAUUGGAGCCAAUUUUUUCAGAUGCAAUUUGAAUGGAUCUGAAUUAAAAAAUGUAGACAUUGAUGGAAUUAAUUUGAAUGGGGCAUAGUUAUUUAAUUGUAAAUGGAAGAAAAUAAGAUUAAAGCAAUUAAUUAAAUUGGAUGGUCAUAGUGGAGAUGUCUACUCAGUCUGUUUCUCUCCUGAUGGUACUACUUUAGCAUCUGGUAGUGAAGAUAAAUCUAUCCGUUUAUGGGAUGUUAAAACAGGACAAUAAAAAGCAAUUUUGAAAGGUCAUAAAAAUGGUGUUGUAUCAUUAUGUUUCUCUCCUGAUGGUACGACAUUAGCAUCAGGUAGUGCAGAUAACUCUCACCGUUUAUGGGAUAUUAAAACGAGAAAAACAAAAUUGAAAUUGUAAUGGCUUUAUAAAUCUAUCUAUUCAGUAUGCUUUUCCCCUGAUGGUACUAAAUUAGUAUCUUUUUGUGUUAAUGAAGGAGAUUUAAAUAUGUCUGUUCUGGAUAUAGAUGAUGAAGAGCUUUCUAUCUUUAUAUGGGAUGUUAGUACAGGAAAAUUGAAAAUUCUUAAGAGUUUUGCUCAUAAUUUAGCUCUAUCAGUAUGCUUCUCUCCUGAUAGCACAACACUAGCCUUUAGUAUUUCAGCAGACUCCAUCUAUUUGUUUGAUCUAAAGACAGAAAAGUUAAAAAUUAAAUUAAAGGAUCAUAGUGACAAAAUCAUAUCAUUAUGCUUUUCUCCUGAUGGUAAUACAUUAGCAUCUGGUAGUUCAGAUAAGUCAAUCAGUUUGUGGGAUCUAAAGACAGGACGAUUAAAAAGUAAAUUAAAGGAUCAUAGUGACAAAGUCUUAUCAGUAUGCUUUUCUCCUGAUGGUACUACAUUAGCAUCUGGUAGUUCAGAUAAGUCAAUCUGUUUAUGGGAUGUUAAAGCAGGGUCAUAAAAAGCGAAAUUGAUUGGUCAUAAAGAUGAUGUUUUAUCUCUAUGCUUUUCUCCUGAUGGUACUACAUUAGCAUCUGGUAGUUCAGAUAAGUCUAUUUGUUUUUGGGAAACUAAUUCAGAGCAAUAUAAAACUUAAGGUCAUAGUAAUACGGUCUGCUCAGUAUGUUUCUCUCCUGAUGGUAAUACACUAGCUUCUUGCAGUGAUGAUAAGUCUAUCCGUUUAUGGGAAGCUUAAACAGGCAGAUAAAAAUCCAAACUAGAUGGUCAUAAUGAUAGUGUCUGUUCAGUAUGUUUCUCUUUUGAUGGCAUGACCUUAGCAUCUGGUGGUGCAGAUAAGUCUAUUCGUUUAUGGGAUGUUUAAACAGGACAAUAAAAAGCAAAAUUGAAUGGUCAUACAAAUUUAAUCUAUUCAGUAUGCAUCUCUCCUGAUGGUACUACAUUAGCAUCUUGUUGUGCGGAUAAAUCUAUUCGUUUAUGGGAAAUUAAAACAGGACAAUAAAAAUUAACAUUAGAAAACCAUUAAACUUUUUUCAAAUCACUUUAUUUUUCUCCUGAUGGUACUACAUUAGCAUCUGGUGGUGCAGAUAAGUCUAUUCGUUUAUGGGAUGUUUAAACAGGACAAUUAAAAGCAAAAUUGGAUGGUCAUACGAAUUUAAUCUAUUCAGUAUGCUUUUCUCCUGAUGGUACUACAUUAGCAUCUGGUAGUUCAGAUAAGUCAAUCUGUUUAUGGGAUGUUAAAGCAGGGUAAUAAAAAGCGAAAUUGAUUGGUCAUAAAGAUGGUGUUUUAUCUGUAUGCUUUUCUCCUGAUUGUACUACAUUAGCAUCUGGUAGUUUAGAUAAGUCUAUUUGUUUAUGGGAUGUUAAAACAGGAAAAUUAAAAGCGAAAUUGAUGGGUCAUUUUAAUUAUGUCGAAUCAGUAUGUUUUUCUCCUGAUGGUAUGACAUUAGCAUCUGGAAGUGCAGAUAACUCUAUCCGUUUAUGGGAAAUUAAGAGAGCAAAAGAGAUUGAAAUAUCUGAAAAUCAUUAUAAAGACAUUCUGUUAUAAUUUAAAACACCUCUGGUAUAAAAUAAUCCACUUGCACAUGAUGGUAUUUAAUUUAAUCUUAUUUAGUCACUACUUAUCCUACCAUUCUGCUUAUAUCCGAAUAUCUAUCAUUUUAAGCAAAAGAAGCUCUAGUGUUCAAUGGAGAAUUUGUCAAUUAAAAAGGUUUUGAUUUCCUAUCAUUAUUAAAAUAAAAAGAAUGCUGUAUUUUGUAAGACUCAUUAUAAUUAAAAUACAAGUGUAAUUGA